AAAAUGGGAUAUGAGGUGGUCUGACUCACAGACGCUGCUCGCUGGCUGACUCACUCUCACUGGUGAAGUUCAAUCUUUGGCGGCAGCGCCAUAGGCGGGACAGGGGGGCCACAGGACAGGGGGGCCACGAUUGCUUAGGGCUGGGCCCGAUGCCGCCAGCCACCUCCAACGCCAAGUGAGGUGUGCUCAUCCCAGGGCCCAAAUAACAGUCCCGCCACAUCUUUUCGCGUCGACAGCAUAUAUGUAUGCAACCAACCUGCGCAUGCGACACAUGUUCCGGCCUCCAUCCAGCUCCACAGUCCGACCUACUGUGAAGACUGCACCCAGCGUCGCACAACGCGGCCCCCCGACUGACGUGCUGAUGCGAUGAGCGGCUCUUUGUAAUGUCUUCACCUUAUGAUAACCGCGGCCCGUCGCGCCGCCGAAACGGUGUUUGGAGCCACUGGGUCCCGCUGGCAGUAACUGUGACCGUUGCCACUGUUGGAGUUGCGGCCUGGAUCUGGAGCCAGCGCAGUAAUGACGAGGAGGACGAGGAUGCCAUCACCCAGCACCUGGACUAUGAGCAUGCUGAUUACGGCGACAACCCGCCCUAUGGCGCUACCGGCGACAAUGCGAGCGCCCGGGCCCCGCCCUCGUUCAGGAGCGACCUGAGGCCCGAGGAGGUCGGUUACGGCGUCACGCAGGCAGAUGCCAAUGCACCGGGCUGGGGGGCACGCAUGUCUGGUGCGUUGCGACGCACUCCCAGCCCCCAAAACAUACUCGAUCGUGCGGGAAAGACGGUUGCCGCAGGUGUCGCAGCGGCGGGCACGGCUAUGGGGAGUGCCCUCGCUGCCAUCCGAGAGGAGGACAAGGCAGCCUUCGCCGACCACGAGACGUGGUCUGAGGAAGCGGAUGCGAAAACCGAGAAAGGCACUGUCGUGCAAGCACGCGACCAUAGCAACAAGAAGAGAAAGACAGUAGCCAUUGUCGUUUCUGCUGAUACGCCACUAGACCUGGACGACGACGGGUACCAUGAACAUGCAUCGAUCCUGUCACAUAUCCCGAAGCACAACGACUUUUCAAGGGUUAAGCUUCUCAUCUUGAUAUACGCGCCAGGGCUGAAGGACACUGCUACGGAGAGCACGGGCACCCGGGCACCAGCCUCACUCAGUUCGUCCUUCUCUGUGGUGGGCCCCGAGCAGGUUUUGACGCCCGGGGACGAGGUCAAGAGUCCAAUCCUGUCCUCGUCCAGCAACCCGGCCUUCAACGCCAUCUACUCGCAGGCCAUCAGCCUGGUAGAGAAGGAGACCAGUGUGCUCCCAUUCACCACGCCAGCAGGUUAUGUGCACAUAUUGCACCACCUCAAACCAGAAGUUGUCUAUUUACAGGAAUCUCUUGCCGGGGACAACGGGCUUCACGUGCAAAAGCUCCAAACCUGGCUCAGAUACGACAUUAUCCUUGUCGUUGGUGCCGAAAGUGGCCAUGGAGGCUUGGCAGACAGCGAGUCUGAAGCAGAGAAAUCUGAGCAGGCACAAAAGUGGUGGCAGAAGGAGGACCGAGUGGGGCGUGGCCGGGGAGUGAUCGUCGUGGACGGGAUGAGAGUAAAUGAUGACUGGUCGCGUCGCGUCCAGGGCAACGAGCAAUGACCUUUAUGAACUGACAGGAAGGGUGAGGAUGACAAAUGAAACAGAUUCCACCCCAAGCCGCAGCUGCGGAAGCUGGACCAGCCACAAGGGCUGGCCUGAGGGCUGGUGCACAAUAUUUUGGGGGAUGAUAUUGCCGACAUGGAUUGUAGCGGAUAGGCACAGUAUAUACAGCUCGUACUGCUCUCGGUGUAAUAAUGUGUAGGUAGAAAUAAGAACCGGAUGUAUGCAAA